CAUGCCACUUGCCUUUAUAUCAUUAUCAUCCAAUGCAUGUAGGUGUGCCUAACGGCAAAUUGUGUGGUCACUGCAUAUGCCAGGCACAGUAAAAUAGGCCAAUAAUAAAUAAAGUCUAAAACAACAAGUUAUGGCAAUAUAUUGUGUUGUAAUAAUCAGUAGCUUGUGUUUUGUAAGACGAAGCCUCAUCCAGUGGAGAGCAGCGGCGCUGCAGGAUGGCAGAACGAGAGGAAGUUCUUCAGGAAAUUCUAGCAGAGCAGAAUCCAGAGUUUUUUCUCCCCUCCUCUGGAGAAGAAGUGAAUCUAGCUCCGUUAACGGAGGAAUAGAGGGGGGGGCGUCAUCGAACUUGGGGGAAAACGCGAUUUCCGACGCAUUCUUGCUUUCUGCGCCGUUUCUCUUAUGGAAAAACUGGGAAAAGAGUGAACUUUCCUCCCCGCGUCCCGAGGAAAACUUCACCAACAGAAGGGGCGAUGAGAUGCGAGUGAGCUAUGCCUUGUAGAAAUGGACAGAUUGUGUUUAAGCGAAAACAUGGCGUCUGUCUCCCAAAGUUUGGAUUAUUUUCCAGUCUGCUCUUUGCGCUCUGCUGCCUCGAGGCGCGCUCGGGCGUCACGGCAGACGGGAGAGCGUGCAGCCCGUGUCCGGGUAACUGCUCGUGCUCGGCGGUGGGACCGCAAAACUUGUGCGUGGUUAAUUGUUCCAACAUCGGACUGGAUCAGGCCCCAGCGGCGUCCGACCUACCGACCGACACGCACACUCUAGAUCUAUCCAGAAACCACAUUGCCUCUGUGGAUUCCAGCCUCUUUGAUCACCUCACCACCCUCAAGGAGCUGUAUCUUCAGAGCAAUCGUCUGGUCACUCUUCCUCGCGGGAUCUUCGACUGUGGGCCGUUAGCUGUGCUAGAUUUGAGCAACAACCAGAUCACCACCAUCGAGGAACGAAUGUGUGAUAAUUUAUUUAAUUUAACUACAAUAGAUCUGAGCUUUAACCCGUUCGUCUGCGACUGUAAGCUGGUGCGGUUGGUGAGCUGGCUGCAGGACCAGGGCGUUCGAGUGAAGCGACCCAACUCUAUGCUCUGUGACCGGCCGCCCGAGGUGAAAAACCAACCGCUGCUCAACGUCAGUGUGCACACCUGCGGGCUGACGUACGCGGGCUGUCUACAGGACGAGGAGCAUGCGGCAGGCGUGGAGCUGGUCAUCUUCUCCUCCUCCACUCCCGGUUCGUUCUCGCGUGAGGAAUGCAACUCCAAAUGCUUCCAUGAGAACCAGCUCUACGGCGGUCUGGGUCAGCAGAGAGAGUGUCUGUGCAGCACCAACUCCGAGCCCAACCACAUCAGCGAGUCCCAGUGUUCGGCCGCAUGCUCGGACCCGCUGGUCAUGAAGGAGUGCCGCUGGACUGUGGCGCAGGACGUGUUUCAGGUGAAUUUCUCCGCCUCUCUUCCUUCUCGCCGUGUGUCUGUUCAUUCUGAGGCUGUCCUGUCUGUCGCCUCGUCUGUCUUCCCUGCCUCUUUCUCAUGGGACUUCGGUGACCUUUCACCCCGGGUCAACACCUCUACGCCCAACACCAUGGCGAGGCAUAAGUACGGUGUCCCGGGACGGUACCAGGCUCAAGUGAGUCUCUCAGCGGGUCACCAGGAGAUCGUGGCACAGGGGAACGUGAGCGUGGAACUGCCCCCUCGACUCGAGCUACACUGCCCCGAACUCAUAGUGGCCAAUCAGAGCCUGGAGGAGGCGGUUUCUCUGGUCAACUGGGGCGGAGUGGGCAUAACCGUGGACUGGAGGAUCACGAAGGAUGGACGAGAGAUAGCAAGAGCGGAGCCGCUGUGUUUGCCAGAUGCGAUCCAUCACGCUGACUCAUCCCGCUGUUUCCUGUUGGUGUCGGAGGAAGUCAGCUGGUCAGAUGCACGUCGGAAUUGUUCAGCCCGUGGGGGGGAGCUCGCCGUGGUGCAUUCCCAAACCGUCCGGGACCUUCUGGCCCCUCGAAUCACACAGGAGCGCGGCGUGUGGUUGGGUUUGAGCGAUCAGUACUCUCCCCGUGUCCUGCGCUGGGUGGACGGUUCGGAGGUCCUGACGGGGGAGGAGGGCACGAGGGACCGGGCCACGCUGCAGCCUGGAAAAGUGUGUGUGUCACUGGAUGGCAGCGGGCAGCCCAGCUCACACUCCUGCACCGCAAAACGAGCUUUUGUCUGCCAGUUCACACGCCAAGUGCGUGUUCCUGAUGCCGCUGUGUAUACAGUGGGCACCGCUGUGUUUCAUUCCCACAGUCCUCUGAGCAGCCCCACAGCGACACACACCUCUGUGCCCAACACACCCGCCGGGCGUGUAGAGCAUGCCAUCUGCGCAGGACGGCUGUCGUCUCUGGAGCUGAUCACACAGCCUUUGAGCGCAAACACUCAGCUGCGCUUUCAGGUGUACCGACCACACUGCCAGAGACUCACACACAAGCUGCUGCCAGGUUGUGGUGACCUCUGCGCCCCCAUCACUGUCUGUCAGGCCCCGGAUGAGUGGAUCAGCGACACAUCCGUCCCAUCAGCGGCCGCAGCGUGUCCAGCGGGACGCCAGUACUGUCCGUACACUGAGCUCUGUCUGCCCUUGGCCAGCCCCUGUCAUCCCGGGGCUUGUGUGAACUGUUCUGGGGUCAGUCCUCUGCCUGCGGGCACACAGUAUCCUGAUUACAGACUCGUCAGGGAGGUGCUGAUCACCCUUCCAGCCGGACCGCCAUCCAACGUCCUGGUCCAGGAUGACAUAGAGGACUUGUUGAUUUCCCCUGGCGACUUCUUUGCCCUGCAGCACGACGCCGGGCCGUCAGGACUCCUCCAGUGCUCCUCCGACCCCUCGUCACCAUGGAAACAGAGCGUGCUCAUCCAGAACCGCUCCAGUUGGUGGGACGCAAACGAAACGCUUCAGGUGGAUGCGGAGGGCGGCUGGGAGGAGGGCAUGGUGUGCCAGGUGAGGGUGCUGUAUGUGGGGCAGAACAGCACCGCGCUGCAGGGUUCCUUUCUCCACUCUGGCCUCCCUCAGCUUGGCGACCACAGUUUGGAAGUGACGUCCAGCGAUGAGGAUUUUCCUGUCACCGCAUCCUGUCCCAUCCAUGUCGUUCCACCUCUGGGCCCAACCGUGAUCUAUCCCACCAAUCGCAACGGGACGGUGUACUUCCUGCCCAAUCAGACGUGGAUUCUCGUCAUGGUCCGCUCGCAGCCCGACGCUCAGAUUGGGUGGCAGGGCAGCAACGAGACCGUUCCCGUUCAUGACACAUGUCCCGAGAACCUGAUGGCGAAAGUGGCCGAAUGCAGGCAGCCCGACCCGUACAACGACACCAUGUUCGCAUGGUUUGACCUCCAGCUCGGGUCCACACCGGGACAGACCAACGUGCUGCUUCACGUCCAGAGCAACGUUACCACAGCAUCGCUACAAAUUCAGGCGAGGGUGAAAGAACCUCUCCAGGGGCUCGUCAUCAAACCCCAUCCUGCUCACAGAGUCCUCAUGGAGUCCGUAGUGAGUUACACGGCUUCUGUGGAGGGAGGUACGGACCCGUCGUUCAAAUGGACGGUGGAUGAUAAACCAUACUUCACAUACUAUAACAGCAUGUUAAAUAUCAUUUACCAGAACGCAGCAGUGUACAAACUCACGGUAACGGCUAUGAACCAGGUUAGCAUGCUGACAGAGCACUUCAACGUCACGGUGGACCGCAUGAACCCGAUGACUGAGCCGACCAUCCAUGGAGUCCCCAAAAUCGUGCAGCAGGGUUUGCCCCUGAACCUCUAUGCAUCGGUGAAGAUAGACAUGGCGGUGGAUGUCACCUUCUGGUGGUGGUUUGGAGAUGGAGGAAACCGUACACAUCAGUUUAAGCCCCCUUAUGAUAACCCCGCUAGUAACCAGGUGGUGAUUCGUGACAAUGUGUCAUACAUUUAUGCACAGCCAGGGGAGUACACCCUAUUGUUCUCUGCUUCCAACCACUAUGAGAACAAGACAUGCAAGGUCGACGUAUACGUCUUUAGCAUUCUGACAAGUGUGCGAAUUGAGAUCAACCCACCCCUGCUACGUGCUGAAAAACCAGCUGACUUUGAGGCCCAUCCCCUACCGUCUCCCUAUGGCAUCAUCUACACCUGGAACUUUGGUGACAAUUCGAGUGUCCAGCAGGGACGUGAACGUAGGGUUCCUCACGCUUACAAUCACAGCGGUGUCUACAAUAUCUGCGUGAAUGUGAACAACACCAUUAGCUCGACAGACACCUGCAUGGAAGUUAUUGUCUAUGAGGACGUUAGGGGCUUAGAGGUGAUGCCAUCUGCUCCCACGGAACGCAACACGCCUACCAUUGUCACGGCAAGUCUGGAAGCAGGCAACAAUGUAACUUGGAGCUUUGACAUGGGUGAUGGAACAGUGCACACUGGUGUGGAACCCCAAGUUGAAUAUACGUACAGGAAAGAUGGAAACUACACCGUAAAUGUCACCGCAAAUAAUGCUGUGAGCUCUCAGUGGGUAACAAUACCUGUUGAGGUGUUUGUGCUACAGGUGUUAUCGCUAGAACCUUCUGGGUGCAUUCAAGAAAACAAAGAGGUACGCUUCCAUGCAUUUGUGUCAGGGAACGCUUCAGGACAUCAGUAUGUGUGGAGUUUUGGAGAUGGAAGCCCCAAUGAAACUCAGUAUGGAACACCACUGAAAACACACUCAUACGUUAAGAGUGGAGAGUACCAUCUCUCGCUACUUAUGUCAAGUGAAGCUAACAAGGCUAAUUUUUACACAAGGAUCUGCGUCCAACCUGAACUCACAACAGUGUCUUUGUUUCCUCUGAGAAUACACAUCAAGUUCGGUGAGGAGAGCAAAUUUACAGUAGCUGCCUUCCCAGAAUUUAACUACACCUACCUAUGGGAUUUUGGGGUACUUGACACAAGAGGUCCUGUUCGAGGUGGUAAGGAGAUGGCCUUUACAUUCAAGAGUCCUGGGGAAUAUCUGGUCACAGUUACUGCGCUCAACAACAUCUCCUGUAUCAACGACUCUGUUUUAGUUGUGGUGCAAAAAUCUGUUGUUUUUUUGCUGAUCAGCCAUAAUGGAGAUAAAGAGAACAAUCUUUCUUUACACCAAGACUAUGCUUUCAAGGCAUCUUCAGACUCUGUGAAUGCUGUCUACAUCUGGGAUUUUGGAGAUGGGAUUCAACUUAAUGGGACAAACGUAUCACAUGCUUUCAAUUCCUCAGGCAGGUUUAACAUCACUGUUACAGGCAAGAAUGAAGUUAGUGAGACCAAAAAUGAGAUUUCCGUUGUGGUCUUGGCACCAAUCACUGGACUGUCGGUAAAUGCCAGCCUUGUCAAUGUCCCUUUGAACACUUCCGUCCACUUUGAGGCACACCUUGACCAAGGAGAUGAUGUAAGGUACUCUUGGAUUCUCUGUGACCGGUGCACCUCUAUCCAAGGAACUCACACCAUGUUCUACACUUUUCGCUCUGUUGGGACCUUCAGUGUCAUUGUUACUGCAGAGAAUGACAUCAGUACGGUUCAGUCAAGCAUUUCCAUCUUUGUGCAGCGUGAGUUGGAGGGCUUGCAGAUAGUGGCUGAUGAGCUUAUUGAAGGAUGCUGUUUUGCAACCAACCGUGUCCUUCACUUACAAGCCUCAUUAAAAGAGGGCACCAACAUGACCUUCAGCUGGAACCUUCUGAGGGAACAUGAGAACCAUGACUACAACCUCACGGGCAAGACCAUAGACAUACAUUUUUCCACCCCCGGUCCUUGUGAUGUGCUCCUCAAGGCAACCAACUUGCUUGGCCAGCUGGCUGUGAACAAAACUAUUGAGUUUCUGGAUCCUGUGAGGGAGCUGGUCAUUAAGAUUUCACCAAACCCUGCUGCAGUAAAUGCUAUGACAAAUAUGACAGUAUCUGCAACUUUUGGGACGGCCCUCCAUUACAGAUGGUGGGCAGAUGGUGAACUGUUAACAUCUGACAUGUCCUCUGUCAUGCACAGUUUCAGAAGUGCAGGUUUGAAACUGGUUAAAGUGGAGGUUUCCAACAAAGUCAGCUCGGAAAUGGUCUCGAAGUGGAUCGGCAUUCAAGAACCGAUCUCGGGAUUGACUUUCAUCGCCACAAAUGUUACAGAGAACUUUGUAGCAUCGGGGGACAAUGUUUCGCUGCGUGGAGAAACACAGAUGGGAUCCAGCAUUUCGUGGAUGUGGCUAUUGCCAGACAACACAAAAUCGAACCAGCGCACCACCUCCUAUAUCUUCCCCAAACUGGGAAUUUUCACUGUUGCGUUGAAUGCCACUAAUGACAUCAACAGAGAAACAUGCUCACGUGACUUUACUGUUCAAGACCGUAUCCAGGGUCUGGAGCUCAAGGCCAGCAAACAAAUUGCUGCGGUUGGGGAAAACGUUGAGUUUACCAUCUCGGUAUCAUCUGGAACUUCUGUUCAUUUCAUCCUGAGCAUUAGUGGUGAUGCAACUGUCGUUCUGAACGAUCAAACCUACAUCCACCAGUUCACUAGUGUGGCCAAGUACUACGUCAACCUUACUGCCCACAACCAGGUGAGUUCUGAACGAAGGACUCUGCAUAUUGAAGUCAUGGAGCCUGUGACCAAGUUGACUAUAAAGGACUGCUGUGAUGCCGCUAUACCUGUUGGCGUAUCUAGGGCUUAUGUAGCAUGCACGCCAACACGUGAGCCGCUGACCAUUCUGUGGACCUUUGACCUUCAUCAUGGUCUCAAGAUUUCUCAGGUUGGCAAGUCAGUGACAUAUGCGCCAGAACAGCCAGGCAAUCUGACCAUAUUCCUUAGAGCAUUCAAUUCCCUGAAUGGAUUAAAUGUGACCAAGGUUAUACGAGUUCAGAACAGCAUAAGGUCAGCCACCUUGGAUGCUCAACCAAGCGACACCUUCGUAAACAAGACGGUCAGCUUCCAUGUGGGAAUCACUCCUAUUUCCACUCCAGCGACAUAUCAGUGGGACUUUGGGGAUGGUACUUCUGCAGCUGUAACAACUACACCUUCUCUGAGCCAUAUCUACAUCCUUCCUGGUCACUAUGUGGUGCGAGUCAAUGUCAGUAACCUGGUGAGCUUGGUUACAGCACAGGCUGAUGUUAACAUCUCUGUCCUAAAGUGCGACGAACCAGAAGUUCAGAUCAUUCAAGCUCCACGACUCGCCAUCUGGCGUUACCAGCCAACCUUGGUAGAGGCCAAUGUGAACUUAAAAGGCUGUGGCCUCUAUGGAGUAGAGUACCUCUGGGAGAUCCUUACCACCCCUCGCUGUCAGGAUGAUGAGAAGAAAGGUCCUCCACCAUCUAAGGUCCGUCUCCCUCCAGAAGUCAACGUCCGGAGGCUCCAACUUUCAGUGCCCAAGAUGUCGAUUUCUGCUGGGAACUACACUCUAGUUUUUUCUCUGUCCUAUGAGGGGGUGCCACUACGGAAGGCAGCCUGUAUUCAACUUUCAGUCAUGUCCAAAAAGCUGGUGCCAAUCAUUGAGGGUGGCACAUACCGUGUGUGGUCCAAAACUCAAGAUUUGCAUUUGAGUGCAGAGCAAUCCUACGACCCUAACUUGGACCAGGAGAACCAGCCCCUGCUCAACUACCACUGGAAAUGUGUGAGCACCUCAAAGGGCCCAGCUCACUGCUCCACUCUGCAUUUCGGUUUGGGGCCAAACGACCCGGUUCUGGGAAUCUCUGGUUCUGAACUGGAGGUGGAUGUUGAGUAUACCUUUCGCCUGACCGUCAGCAAAGAAGGCAUGACCCCAGAAUCCACAAACCAAACGGUGUGGGUGCAGAAUGGUCGCAUCCCGAUGGUGUCGCUGGAGUGUGUGUCGUGCAAAGCUCAGUCUCGCUACGAGAUCAGUCAGAGCUCUUAUGUGUACCUGGCUGGCACCUGCAAUAACUGUCACAGCUCACACAGAGGGCGCUGGACGGCGAUGACUGGAGGGAACGAGACGCUGGUGCUGGAUCUGAACACCACCACCACGGGCAGCAACAGCAUGAACCUGGUCCUGCGACAGGGCAUCCUCCGCGAUGGAAACUCCUACAUAUUCAGCCUCCAUGUGACCGAUGACAGCAUGGACCGCGAAGGAGUGGCCUACAUCGAGCUCCACCCCAACCUGCCGCCAGCCGGCGGGACAUGUUCUCUGUGGGCGGAUGGGGACGGGCCUCAGGUGCGCACACUGCUGGAGAGAGUGCACUUCAACUGCUCAGGUUACACUGAUAUAGAUGAGACAGAGUCUCUGCUGGUCUAUAGUCUGCUAGCGGUGCGCUGCUCUGGGAUGUACUGCGAGGAGUUCUGUGUGUAUAAAGGCACGAGUUCAGAACAUUCGGCCUUCCUGCCGCCGGGCUUCAGCUCGGCCCGGUACCAAGUGACUGCGGUUGUUAUGGUGGAGGACCACCAGGGGGCGACAGUCAUGGCCCGCAACAAGUCGAUGGAGGUGGUGCUGCCGGCGGUUCCUGACAGAUUCAGCUGUCUCCCUCACUGGCUCAGCAAUCUAACCGACUCCACCCUGAGAGAGCUGCUCCGUCAGGGAGAUUCACAGAGAGUACGGGAGCUCUCACUCGCUCUCAUCACCGUCCUCAAUGAGUAUGAGCAGGGUGUUUCCCGCAGACGUGAGCGCGUGUCUAAGGCAGAGCGUCAGUAUCGCGUGAGCGUCAGAGGAAACAUCACCAGAGCGCUGACAUCACUGGACCUCACCACCGUCAGUGACAUCCAGCAGACAUCAGCGGCGCUCGCGCAGUGCACGGCUGUGAGUCGAGAGUUUGUGUGUGAAGAGUGUCAGAACAGCACUCUGGACAAACUGGAGUCGAUGUUAGAGAUCCUGCAGACAGACACUAAACAGGGCACAGUCACCCCGACCGAGAUAGCAGACAACAUACUCAAUAUCAUGGGUGACCUGAUCCACCAGGUGAGCCAGGCUGCCUCCUCUCCACCUCCGGAGGCCGAGGACCGCGGCGGCCUCUCCCAGCAGCCUCCGCUUCUCUUAGAGGAGCAGCAGCAUCACCCGCUGCGAGUGGCCGCUAAAGCCUACACCCUGUCCUCCGUCCUCAUGCGAAUCCUCAUGCUGGGCCGCGUCCUCAAUGAGGAGCCCCUGAUCCUCCGCGCGGCCGAGAUCACAACCGCCGGCAAACGUGCCGACCCGCAGAGCCUGCUCUGCUACGGCGAGAGCGACACGCCUGAGUGCCGGCGUUUUUCCAUCCCGCGAGCGUUCAACAGCAGUCUGGGACGGGCAGCAGGGGGUGCUCUGGCGCCCAACAGCGAGGAUGGCAUCGUGCAGCUGCUGUUCCAAGUGGAGCCCAAUCCCUUUCCGUUCAACUACGUCGCCAAUUACACCGUGUCGACGGAGGUGGCGUCCAUGGAGUUUCACACGGUGAACGGGACACAGAUUCCCAUCUCGGAUCUGGACGACAGCCAUGCCAUAACAGUUGCCGUUAAUAACGGGAGCGCGGCUGGGCUGGAUGGUAACGGAUUGGAGGCUAUCUUGCCGCCAGCGGGAGCCGAGAACAUCAGCCGCUGCGGUUCAAUCAUCGUGAGGGUGAGCACGAGGAACACCAACAGACAAGGAAGUAAGAGGCGUCUUUUUUCCCCUAAUGUUUUGAUGUUUCUCACUGAUGUGUAUGGCAGAAUAAUAUUGGAAGUGCAUGUUGAUGAAAGGCCUUUCAUCCAUAAUAAAAGAUGCGUUUGGAAGCAGGAAGCUCUGUUGUUUGUUAAAAUCAACAUCAGUCGCCACAGGAGUAACUCAUUCAUUCUCCGUCUCAGGUCCUAUGACACCACGCGUGAUCACUUCAUAAACGUGUCGACGGGCUGCGGCGCAGACGAUCCGCAUCUGAUCCGGCUGGAGGUGGCCGUCUUCACCUCGCUGUGUCAGUAUUUCAGCGAGAGCGGCAGUCAGUGGCGGACGGACGGCAUGCAUCCGCUUCCCGAGACCAGCGUGAGCCGAGCCGUGUGUCGCACGCAUCAUCUCACCGCUUUCGCCGCCAGUCUGUUCGUUCCCGUCGACGCCGUCUCCUUCAUCAUUCCUGAGCGUUCGGUGACUCGUAGUCUGGUGGUGGUGCUGGUGUGUGUGAUCGGACUGCUGUGUUACGCUGUGGCCGGUGCUAUAAUGCGCAAGCUGGAUCAGAUGGACCUGAGACGGGCCUCUGUGGUGCCGCUGUGUGGGAAGGACGGUCUGUACAAGUACGAGAUCCAGGUCAAGACCGGCUGGGCUUACGGAGCAGGAACCACGGCUCACGUCGGCAUCAGUCUUCACGGCAGUGAGAGCCGCAGUGGACACAGACACCUGGACAGCAUCGGCGCGUUCACUCGAAACAGCCUGGACAUCUUCCACAUGGCCUCUGACAGCAGUCUGGGCAGCGUGCUCAAGAUCCGUGUGUGGCACGACAACAAAGGUCUGUCUCCUGCAUGGCUGCUCCAGUAUGUCCUGGUGAAGGACUUACAGACGGGCAGCAGUUAUUUCUUCCUGGUUGAGGAAUGGCUCUCGGUCGACAACGAGAAAACGGACGGCAGAGUUGAGAUAGAGGUGGAAGCUUCAGAGGAGGCGGAGCUGCGUGACUGGCCGCGGCUGCUGUCCUGGGAGCUGCAGAGGGCCGUGUGUGAGAGCCACGUAUGGCUGUCGCUAUGGGAACGACCUCCGCGGAGCCCCUUCACGCGGCUGCAGCGGCUGACCUCCUGCACGCUGCUCAUGCACCUCUGCAUGCUGGCGAACGCAGUGUGGUACGGCACCGUCUCCUACGGCAACAGCUCUACGCCGGUGUCUGCUCUGGUCUCUGUGAAUGUGGAGACGCUGUGGGCGGGGCUUGUGAGCUGUCUGCUGGUCUAUCCUGUCUACCUGCUCGUCUUCUGUCUGUUUAGACUCAGCCGCAGUAAGGUCUCUGUGGAGCAGCUUCCUCCUCAGGUGGACCAGGAGUCUUUAGAGAUCGAUGACUUCCUGGAUAACUCACUGACAGGAAGCUCUUGUCUGAUGCUGAAUGGAAUUCCUGGAGAGACAUACUCAGAGGAGACCAACAUUGACCUGCCCACGCCGUCCACUAAGAGUCUUCAGAGGUGGAGCAUUCCUGACUGUGAUUGGCCGGAUGUGUUGACCGACCUGUCUGUGGAGAUGGGGCCGGUGUUCCCGCCUCGGCUCAAGAGAGGUCAGGGCAGCAGACAUCUGGGUGUGGACAUUCCCUUCAGUCCCGACGAGGAGGACACUGUCUGUGACAACAGCCACAGGAACAAAUACUUCUCCUCUUCAGAUGAGGAUCUAAUCAAGCGCAUUCUGGCCGAUGGACAGCUGCUGUCUCAGACGGACAGUGACACGGGCGAUCUCUCCAGUAUAUUUGGUGAUAAAACAGAGGUGAUUCUGCUGCAAAAGAUGAAUGAACCUGUUCCGUGUGCAGCAUUUAGACGAGACCCUCCCAAAACUGCCUUUACAUCACGCACAGUGGUGACGGAUGUGUGUAAGCCCAGGCCGUUUCCUCCUCUGUGUGGAUUGGCUGCUCUGUGGGCCAGCUGGGUGGGGCUUGUCCUGUCCAGCAGCCUAUCAAUGUGGUUGGGGCGGAGCUUCAGCGAGGGCGUGGCUCUGAUGUGGCUCAUCUCCUGCAUUGUCAGUUUCCUGUCGUCAUUCCUCCUUCUCGAACCUCUGAAGGUGUUGUCGGAGGGGGUGUAUUUCUCUCUGGUCGUGGGCCGUCUGAGAGCUGAAGAGCAGGAUGUUCUGGUGGACUGUCCGCGUGUGGAGAGAGUGGUUCAGCGAAUCCCAAGAGUGAGGCCUCCGCAGGGGUUCGCUCUCUCACAGGCCCGAGAGGAGGCGCGCAAAGUCCGCCUACUGCACACCAUGCUGAAGGGUUUCCUGCUCUACAUGCUGUUCCUGCUGGUGGUUUUACUGCUCAACUACUCAGACUCGGCCAAAGACGCCCAUCGCCUACGACUUCACACUCAACUGCAGGAGCACUUUCUCACAGAACACUUUAACAACAUCAGCAGACGUGAGGAUGUGUGGGCAUGGCUCUCAGACGCCCUGUUACCACGGUUACUGGAUGGGCCCGACCUGAUGGAGAAGACGGGCAGCCUGCUGAUAGGUCGACCCCGUCUCAGACAGCUGAGAGAUCAGCCAGAAUGCCCCGUCAUUGGCUAUUUCCCAGCAGCCUCUUGGUUUGGGUGUGUCUCGGCCAGGUGGGCGGAGUCAGCCUCAGGAUUGACGCAGAACUGGAGUAUUAGUACAGCUGAGAGCAGCGGUGUGUGGCACUGGGGGCAGGUGUCUGUCUACAGCAGUACUGGAUUCGUGCAGGAUCUCAGCAGGACCAUGCAGGACUCUAGAGCUCUGAUCAAACAACUCAACACACACCAGUGGCUCGACCCACUGACCAGGGCUCUAUUCGUGGAGUUUCCCCUCUAUAACAUCAACACCGAUCUGUUGGCCGUCCUCACGUUCCUGCUGGAGUUUCCUGUAUCUGAGCAUGCUCAGUUGAGUCUGGACCUCAAAACCUGCAGCCUUCACACGCUCCGUCAUGGCAUGGACCUUCCCCUGUUCCUGACGCUCCUUCUGCUGGUCUUCGUGAUCUAUUUUGCUGUACGUGAGGGCGCAGUUGCUUGGAAACAGGGCCGUGGCUAUUUCCUGCGUUUGUGGAAUGUAGCAAGUGUUUGCAGUCUGCUGUUGGCGAUUUGUGUCGCCAUGCUACACCUGAGUCGCUCCAUACUCUCCGCCCACCAAUGGGGGUCAUUUCUACAACAGGACACUUUUAUGGACUUUUUUCCUCUGGCUCAACAGAACCAGGUUCUAACCCAACUCAGUGCGACUCUGCUCUUCCUGCUGAUUCUCAAGGCAUCACACCAGCUGCGUUUCAUGAGAGAAUGGGGGGUUUUCGGGAGAACGCUAAGGAGAUCUUUCUGGGAGCUGCUGACAGUUGCUGCCACUCUACUCGUGUUCCUGUUGGCAUACUCGCACACUGGACACCUGCUUUUCCACUCUGUCAUGGAGGGCUAUGGAACUGUUAGCUCUACUUGCUUGAAGUUACUAGGCUCUAGUGGUCGUGGACUGUUGUCAUGGCGACCGGACAGUGGCUCCUCCCCAUGUUCUGCUUCCUGUUUCAUCUUCCACAUUAGCUACACUCUCCUCAGACUUGUUUUGCUGUGGCUUUUGAUCUUGGCGCUGCUAAGGAACUAUCAUCGGGCAAGGGCAGAACUGUACCGACCAGCCGUUGACCUGCAGGACUAUGAAAUGGUGGAGUUGUUCCUGAGACGCCUCAAAAUGUGGAUGGGGCUCAGCCGUGUUAAAGAGUUCCGGCACAAGGUGCGAUUUGAAGGUAUGGAGCUCCCUCCUUCACGUUCCUCUUCAACUAGUGACUGCAAAUCCUUGUGUCUUCCUCCUCUGGACACUCCUGAGGCUCCCCCAACCCCUGACAGUGUUGACGGAGGAUCUGAGGCCUCCUGGCGGUCCACAUCCAGCAGCCCUUGUAGUCUGGCUGAAGCCCCAGGUCUGGGACUAGGCCUCACAGGCCUUGGGGUGAUAGUUGGAGGCCAAGGCUGGAAAGAGAGAGCCGAGAUGGAGGCAACACUCCGCAGAAUCCUCCCAGCUUUUGAUGCUUUGCUUCUGCAGCUGGACCGGGUCACCCACACCACAGAGGAACUGUAUCGAACAGAGUGCCGCCUAGAGAGGCUGGUGAGGAAGAGUAGAGAACGAGGCAGAGGGGUGCGCCGCCACAGAAGUCUGGAGUCUGCAGGGCAGAAGAGACAUAGAUACAAGGGGACAGACAGGAGCACACAAGUGGCUGAGAGUAGUAAAUAUCCCCCGAGAACUGAAAUAAGUGCAUCUGCGUCUGAGAGAAAUCUUCACAAGAGAGAUCGAAGAUCAAGGAAAUCAGACACGUUCUCACAAAUCACAAGUGCUCUUCCUACAAGCAUCAAUAAGGUGGACUCGAGUCCCCACAGGACUGAUAGUCUCCAAAAGAGUCAAGAAACCCCUGGUAAUGUGGUGGCAGAUGUCGGCAUGACUGAGAAAGACUCUCACAAGGUGGAUUCAGGUCCCCUCAAAGCAAGUCCACCUGAGGGGAACAGUAGUCCACCCAGAGGCCAAAAGGCUGACAAAGCUUCUCAUAAAGUAAAAGGAACCUUCAACAAGGUGGACCCAAAUUUCCAAAGGGAUUCUGAGGUUGCUGGCUGUGCCAGCAAACCUGUCCCUACUCCUGUUUCCACUCCAGCAUCUGCUUCCUCAGCUGCUCCUGUUUCUGCCAUAACUACCCCCGUACCGAUCCCUCGCUCCCACGGGUGGAUUCCUCCCAGCAACAGCGAGAACCUUCCCUCCAGCGUAUUCCGGCACCCUGCACACACUACUACGAAUCCCACCCGCAAACGCAAGCACAAACCUCCCCCACUUAAAAACAAGGUGCACCCCAACACAGACAGACCUAUAUCGGGACACCCCAAACCUUGAGAUCCCAAGGUUCCAACAGUCAGUACACAAGUAAAAGGCAGGAAUUAGGAAUUCAGUCAUAAGGCUUAGGAACUGAAGGAAUGUUAAAGCUCAAGGGUUACAGCUUUUCAUGAAGAAAGGAGGACCUGGCGACAGCAGGUUUUGUAACCAGGCCCUCAAGAAGAGCGAAAGCAAUACUAGUUGCUUAAAACCAAAUAAUACACCUUAGCCUUAAGUUCCAACCCACACAUCUUUCGAUUGGUAACGCCUUACUAGAAGUCUCAAAAUGGAAAUUGGGUGCAGGUCACCAUGGUUUCUACAAUCCUCAAGAAGUUCUACUUGAUGCCCUUUUCCUUCUUCUUUCACAGUGACCUCAAGUCCAACCUGUUGACCCUGGUGGUCAACACGGUUGAAACCGACAAGAGCACACCUUGUGCUGUCACAGUGCAGAACAAACUCUUGAAAGAGACAAUGAAGGACUACAACAGCACGCCUGUUGAUGCAGGAUGGCUAAAGCUUGAUGGUAUUUGUUGUACAAUGUUUUUAGUUAUGUUUGAUGAAUCAUGUUCUUUUUUUGUAUUGUUGUUGAAGGAAGCUAUAUUAAGGUCAUGGGUGUAUGUAUUGCCCAUCGAUGCAGAAAAGGCACAGCUUAUUCAAAAAGGGCUCACACUGACAAACUUGCACACAUACAGACAUAAAAACACACCUAGACAUGCAGGUACAUAUUUGAUGCCAUUACAUAAAUAUUGAGCUAUGCUUCAAGGUACUUAUGCAUAAUUCAUGCUUCUUAAUAUAAUAGCAAGUGGCGAAAAAUAGACACAAAAUCAUAUCAGAAAAUAUAUGGACUUGUAUGAUUUAUUCACCUACACUUGUACACUCACACUAACAUACUUCUGAAGAGGCCAUCAGGGUGCUAAACAACUAGUAAUCAAUCCUCAGGAUUUCAAAUAUAUUUCUCUGACAUAAUUGCAUGUCAGCUCCAUUCAGAUGUUUCUCAGAGCGAAAUAGACCAGAGGGCGAGUGAGAGGAUGAAAUUAGAAUGAAAACAGAGAAGGGGAAGUGUAUCAGAAAGUGUGAAUUUAAAGGGAGACAAAAAAUUGGAAUAAGUUAAUAGUAGGACAUGAAAUGUUAGGUGAAGUAAGGAAAAUGUUGAGAGAUCAUUAAGAAAAAGGUAUGUCCCUCAUUCAAGCACAAAUCCUAGAAUUCUCUGUAUGGGGAUAUGUUAUUCCUGCAGGUAAAAACAAUGUUCCAUAAAGCAUUAUUAUUGAAAGUAGAUUGUUAAUGAAUGAAAAACCAGCUUAUGAUAAAUGGAAGUAUGUUUGUUGCUGCCUUCUAUGAUAUUUUAAAUCUAAUUUAAAAAGCACUUUGUAUUGAUGUUAUAAUAUGAAUGAUCGUGAUGGCAUCAGUGUGAUGGAAAAUGUUUUGCAGAAAUAAUAAAAUAAGCUUGGUACGAAUAUAAGAGAUAGUUACAACAGAAUUACUCUCCAUAUAACUUUGCCAAAGCUUGCUACUCAAGUAACAAGAUUAACUUAAGUUUCUCUUGAACUUAGCACUUUAUUUCAAUGUCAAGCAUUAGUGCUUUGCCAUAUUUAAACUAGUAUUUAACUUUUCUUCACAUACGGCUUUCCAGAACUAUUCUCUUUGAGUAUUAUACAUGAGCUGCAUCAGGAUAGUAAUUACCAUUAAUUUUCAUGUAUUUGUUUCUACAAUGUGUUGAUUUAAUGUCUCUUGUGAAGUACUAAAUUGUUGUUUACCGUGAUGAUGCUCAGGGACCCUAUUUUAAAAAAACCCAAAGCAGGAUUUUGUUUGUUUGUUGUUGUUUUUUCCGCUUUAAUCAUAAUACAUGUAUUAAGGUCGCGUAUAAUGAAAUUAGAGUAGUUGAGAGUGAUUUGAUGAUUAGGUUAUGCUUAAGCACUCAAAAAUAUCCACUACAGGGAGUUCUGAUUCUGUCAAAUGUCACUUCCACUACAGUAACGUCCUUAUUCAGGCCAUUCCAGAUGAGUUUUUGAAAGGUCAUGUUUAUCUGUACAUAUUGGUGUGCCCUGAUGUAAAUAUUGUUUUCGAGUUUGAUUGCAUUGUUUUAAUCUCGUUUGCCUAAACCGCACUGAGCAGAAAUUUUUGUUUCGUUUUCAGUACACAAAAUGGAUCGCAGUAUGCACACUCAUUUCACACAAAUGCUUUGCUGCAUAUUUCAUUUCUCCCUGGCACUGGCCAAAGGAAAAAAAUAAGACCCAAAAAGUAUGAAAGCAUUGCUGUUUUUUGUAACAUUUUCAACAGAACUACACACAGCACAAGCAGUCAUUUUAAAAUAUAAUGGCUUUUUAGUAGUUCUUUGCAGGAUAGUACUGCUGCUGAAAUAUUUCAUACUUUUAGGUGUCAAAAAAAAAUAAUGUCUGCCAUUUUAAACCAGUCACAAGUGCCAAAACAUACUUGCAUGCAAUAUUGUAAAGUCUUAAAUAUUUUGUAUUAAAUGCUGAAGGUAAUGUGUUGAUUGCAGGUUUGCCAUUUUGUGUUGUAUUGUGCUGUUGUACUUGUAACGUUGUAGCACUUCGCUUUACAUGCUUUUGCACUUGACAAAGUCAAAUAAAGAGUCUGACAGCU